UGAUCAUCAAUUCUUUAGAAAUGAAGAAUUUGUUGAAUGAUAAAGGGGAAUCAUUUGCAAAAGUACUGGACUAUGAUGGGUAUUAUUUUCCAAAUUUUCUUUCGGCCAAACGGGACGUAGAUGUUUCUAAAUUCCUGGCUGGUCUGAAUGAGCUCACGUUUAAAGAUGAAGAAAUGUGUAUAGUUUCGUACCCAAAGUCAGGUACACACUGGGCAUACGAGAUAUGUAACAUGCUCAAGAAUGGCAAUUCGGAAUUUAUGAACAGUAUGCUGCCUAUCUUCGAAAACAGCCCGAUGACGGAUAUAGAGGCCGCUCAGAAAAAGAACGGUGUCCAUUCCUCACAUAUGUAUCCGCGACACUUGCCAAGAGAUUUGGUGAAAAAGCGUUGCAAGAUCAUCCAAGUUUAUCGAAAUCCAAAAGAUGUUGCAGUGUCAUACUUUAACUUCAGCAAAAAACUGAUAUUUUACAAUACAGCGGAUAUGAGUUUUCCCGAAUUUUUGAGACAUUUCGUCAGUGGAGAAGUUCCAUGUGGGGGUUGGGUCAAAUGGCUACAGGAAUGGAAGACAUUUCAGAAAGAAAAUCCGGAUUAUCCACUUUUAGAGAUAUCUUACGAGGAAAUGAAAAGGAAUCUAAAGGAAGCUGUUAAAAGAAUGUCAGAUUUUCUCAAUCUUAAUUCUUCUCCAAAACUGAUCGAAGAAAUAGCCAGGAAAUGCGACUUUGAUAUCAUGUCUACCUAUAAAAAUUCAACUAUUCCCAAGGAAAUGUCAGAAAUUACAGAGAAGAAAAAUUCAAAUUCACAUAUUUUUUUACAGAAAAGGUGGUGUUGGAGACUGGAAAAACUAUUAUACCGUGGCUGAAAAUGAGGCUUUUGAUAAGUCAUUUGGACCCAAAAUAGCAGAACUUGGAUUGGAUAUAACAUAUGAACUCUAACAGACUCUUUCAAUCUUAUAAUCUUUUUUAGUCAGAUCGAGUGAAAAUCAUGUCUAUUUUCAAAAUGGUUAGGUUUAUCAAUAAUAUGAUUACGUUUAUUCUUUUUCACUUAUUUCUUACCUUAUAUAAUGGAUGAACCAUACAAAUAAACAGCUGUUAAAUAUUUCA